GUUCUUUAUUCAAAGUCUCUCUCCUCUCUCCUCUCUCUCUCUCUCUCUCUCUCUCCCCCCUCUCUCCCCAGCAAAGAAACCAAUUUCUCACCUUUUUCUUUUCUUUUUUUUCUGCAGGAAAAACCCAUCUCUGAUUUGCUUUGCAAGACUACUGCAACCUCUCUCUGUCUGUGUUUGCAGCACAUUUUGUUCUUGUGCAGUUUGUAAUUGUUGUACUUGCAGCGGGUCAAAUAUUUGAAUAUGUACAAUUUUGGGGAUGAAUUUACUAUAGAAAGCUACAGAAUCCCAUGGCUGGUAUGGAUCCAGGUGAUGGUGAUGGUCUUCCUCCUCAUCCUUCUCUACUGCUUCAGCUUAUUAGUCAUAGAUCUCUCCAAUGAUGACAUCACGACGACCACCACCAAACCUUCAUCUUCCACCAGUCGCUUAGUUUCCGAUGGCACCGCCACCUCCACUACGCUUGUCACCAACAGCCUGCCAAAUUCCCAGGUAGGAGAAAGUAUAAAAGGGGAGAUAGUAACAAGCACAAGUAGAACAAUGAGAAGAGAGGAGAUGGUAGAAUUGGAGGAGGCAUCAGCAGCAGCAGCAACCCACAUAUACUUCCACCCUUGCUACUAUUUUAGGCUGGCAAGAAUUGCAUUUCUCAAAUGUCUAGGGUUUGACUCCACCUCUGAGAGUUCUUCAACCCCACAAAGAGGAAAGACAAAAGAAACUUGACAUGAAUUUUAAUGUAUCUUCAUCUUGUCUGCUCAACUUGAAGCAAACUUCACCAACAGGCAACAGCCGUAGAUAGAACUCACGACGGAGUUGUUUACAGUGUUCUGUACAUCCGAGCAUGUAGGAGCUCUUCCAGAUCAUCGGCAAGUAUCAUUCGUCGGCGCCAAUUUGUUCGCUAAAUUGGAAAUUGGAUUAAGGUUAUUUUUUGACGGAUACAUCUGUAACUCAAAGGAUUUAAGUGAUGGGACAGAACAGUUGUGUUUUAGAGUUUACCUUUGAGCCUCCACUAACAUGAUGUAUAGCUAAUUGUCAUCCAGAUUGUGCUACCAAAUAAUUAAUCUUUUCUAAUUAGAAGUGAACAAAUUCAAGCA